CAUUUCCCCUUUGCGCGAGCUCGGUGGUUGGGAAGUUUUGGUGUAAGUUUUGCAAUCAAAACACAAAAUGUGGUUCGAAAUUUUACCCUCGUUUGGAAUAAUUGCGACCGUAUUGUCCGUGCCCGGGUUUGCCCUGUACGGACUGCACAAGCUAACACUGGAUAAUGCGUACCGGCGUAAUACGGAUGAAAGAUGGGAACGUAUCAUGUACACCAGGGACAUGCGAUUGACCGGCAACCCGUACAAGGGCAACGGUCUCGAAUCUAUUUCGGAUAAAUAGAAAGUUUCCUGAGCAGUGGCAAGAAGAAGUGCAAAUGUAUCAUUACUGGGUGUAGAAUAAAUCGUUCGAGACAACCGUGUGCAAACAGGUUAAUCGCAAG